AUGAUGAUGACGUGCCGUCUGCUGUGCGCCCUGUUGUUGCUUGCCCUGUGCUGCUGCUUCCCGUCCGUGCACGCGUCAGAGGCAGAUGUUCGGCCUGAACCGGCAAAAGGAUUAAAUAAGACUGAUGUAAGCGUCCCAGGCCCACCGUCCAAUUUACCAUCCACGGCGGCCGAUCAGUCAGGGUCGUCAGGUUCGGGCUCUGGUCCGGACAAAGGAAACGAUGCUCCAGGGACACCAGGUGUCCCGAGACCUACCGCGAAUCAAACAAAUGAGAAAGGGAAAGAUCAUGCCGAGACGACCACGACGACGACCACAACAAAACCACCAACCACGACAACGACGACCACUACAAAGGCACCAAGUACUACGACUACAGAGGCGCCAACUACGACGACCACCCGCGCACCGUCACGUCUUCGCGAAAUCGACGGCAGCCUCAGCAGCUCUGCGUGGGUGUGUGCCCCGCUGGUGCUCGCCGCAUCCGCGCUGGCGUACACCGCUGUGGGCUGA